AUGGUGUUGCCGCAAAAACGAAAUUUGACGGUGCCUUCGCUCGGUUCGUCGGAAUCCUUACAUACGGCCCGGAAGGCCACCUACAGAUCGAUAAAAUUAUGGUGUCUAAGCAUCUGCCUGGCUUGUGUAUGGACAUUCGCGACUUGGAGAUGGGAUUCCCUUUCGGCAUUCAAUUACCGACCGGUCGAGGACUCCUCUUGCCCUCAAACAAAUACUUUGAUCCCUCGCCAGAACUUGUUCUUCUGGACAUUGCUAGAUGACGAGUUAAGAACGGACGAGUUCAAAAACCGAGCUGUAAGAUGGUUGGGAGGAGCUGUUCAGGUUGAGACAGAGACGUUCGACAACAUGGAUCCGGUUGGCGAAGAUUCCAGAUGGGAAAACAGGGCCUUUUUUCACCAAUACCUUCAAAAUGCUUUCCCCAGGGUACACUCGACUUUGGAACUCACAAAGGUCAAUACCUAUGGGUUACUAUACGUGUGGAAAGGAUACGAUGUGGCUUUGAAACCCUACAUUCUGGCUGCUCACCAGGACGUUGUACCAGUAAAUCCAGACACAGUCGACGAAUGGGCCUAUCCACCUUACUCUGGUCAUUACGAUGGAAAGUUUUCUCGAUUCUGCGAACGCGUAUGGGGAAGGGGAUCAAGUGAUGACAAGAGUGGUUUAAUUGGCGUCCUCGCAGCCGUCGAAUUCCUUCUGGAACAAGGAUUCAAACCUGCUCGUACUGUCGUUCUAUCUUUCGGUUUCGAUGAGGAGGCCGGCGGAAAAUACGGUGCAGCAGAGUUGGCAAAGUACUUAACGGAAAGAUAUGGACGCCAUUCCUUCGCGUUCAUGGUCGACGAAGGCGCGGGAUUUAUGGACCAGUACGGAAGCGUGUUUGCUACGCCCGGUAUUGCGGAAAAAGGGUCGGUUGAUGUUGAUAUCGAAGUCGCUACUGCUGGUGGUCACUCGAGCGUACCACCUCGUCACACCAGCAUCGGAAUUCUCGCUGCGUUGAUCGCUCACCUCGAGAACAACCCUUUUAAAUCACAUCUUGAACGGGACACACCAAUGUACGAAUUCGUCGAAUGUUUGGGUGCGCACGCGGCGAACCUUCCAGUUCCCCUUCGUAAAGCAAUUAAGCGAGCAAAACGGUCGGAUAAAGCCUUGAAGAAAAUUGAGGAGAGCAUUUUCCAGAACCCAGUGUUCAAGAGUCUAGCAGGAACAACGCAAGCUGUUGACAUGAUUCGGGGCGGAGUGAAAUCAAACGCGUUGCCGGAACAGGCGUUUGCUCUGGUAAACCAUCGGAUCGCUACUACCAGUUCUGGCAAAGCUACCAAGAUACAUGACCGAGAUCUGCUUGCAGGGCUAGCCAACAAGUUCAACUUGACUUACAUGGCGUUUGGCGAGCAAGUGUCGGAUGAAGAUGUGCCCUCUAAAGGUCGCCUUACCUUGUCAUCAUCUACAGUGCUCGAACCAGCUCCAGUUACACCGACCAAGGGUGAGAACGCAGCACCGUAUCAGUUACUUUCUGGGACUAUCAAGGCCGCGUACAACGCUCACAGGUCACUCACUGACGACGACGACGGUGUCAUAGUUGCUCCAGGGAUGAUGACGGGUAACACAGACACAAAGUUCUACUGGGAUUUAACGGAGCAUAUCUUCCGAUAUAAUCAUCUCAAUACCGGAAAAACCGGUAACCCUCUGGGAAGCGCACACACCGUUAACGAAUCUAUCACAGCCGAUGCCUUUUUGGAGAUGAUUCAAUUCUUCGGAACUCUUAUACUCAACUCUGACGAGACUAAGGCAUUCUGA